CCGCCUGCUGCCCUGGGCUCGGCGGGGCCGCGCCUCCAGCUGCCCCCUCUUUGCUUUUCUCUUUCAGCGCGUGUCUUUGCUCCCCCCUCAGCCACGCGGUGGUUGCAACCCCCCCGGUUGCCCAAACCCCGGACCCCGGGCUUGCGAAAUCCCCGCCUGGUGCGGGCCUCUGGAAGGAAUGAGUAACUUUCCCAUUUCCAUUGGGUUUGGGCAGGAAUUGAAGACAUCGGGCCGGCCCUUGGCUGGGGAGAAGGGCUUUCCGGGUUUCCCUCGCUGCUAGGUGGUUUCUAGAUCGUGUCGCGAAGCCGGGAAGGAGCCCCGGAGCUGGCUUCCCUCUCCCGUUCGGUGCCAGCGCGCUGUGGGGCAGCGGCACAGCGCGGGGUGGCUGGGAGCGCGUGCGGACGCCGCGCUCGCUCUCGCUCUCGCUUCUUUUCACACUUGAUUGCUGAGAAGCUGGAGGGUUCAUAAGUUUAAAGGAAAAGUUCCAGUAGCUGUCACUGAAGUGAUGGAUCACAAGGAUGAAAUCCCCUCCUCCCCGGCCUUGCGCAGCUGAACUGCUUGGUCCUAUACACUGGAUGUUGUUCCUUUGAUGAGCCAUUGAGCUCCUGUGGGUACACUCAGUCUGUGGAUGAUGAUCUUAACUGGGACCAGGUGCACACGUUGGUAAAUCCCUCGUCUGAUCCAUGGAUGCCAUCAGGUUCUUUCAUGUUAGUGAACACCUCAGGGAAGUUUGCUGGACAAAAGGCUCACCUCCUACUACCCCACCUAAAGGAAAAUGACACACACUGUAUUGAUUUCCAUCACUAUGUUUCAAGCAAGAGUGGCUCCAGCCCUGGUACACUGAAUGUAUAUGUGAAGGUCAAUGAUGGUCCACUGGGUAGCCCCAUCUGGAACACAUCUGGAGUUCCUACUAGCACUUGGAACAGAGCGGAACUGGCAAUUAGCACCUUUUGGCCAAAUUUUUAUCAGGUUGUUUUUGAAGUAGUCACUUCAGGUCACCCUGGGUACCUGGCUAUUGAUGAGGUGAAGGUUUUAGGACAUCCGUGUACCAAAACUCCCCAUUUCUUGCGUCUUCAGAGUGUGGAAGUCAAUGCAGGCCAGUUUGCCACUUUUCAGUGCACUGCAAAUGGUAGAACAAACACAGGUGACAGGCUCUGGUUACAGGGAAUGAGUGUGAGAGAUGCACCUUUGAAGGAAAUUAAGGUGUCUAACAUUCGUCGAUUUGUAGCUUCUUUUAAUGUGGUAAAUGCCACAAAACAGGAUGCUGGCAAUUACCGCUGCAUGAUUCGCACAGAAGGAGGAGUGGGAGUAUCCAACUAUGCAGAACUGGUAGUCAAAGAGCCACCUGUUCCCAUUGCUCCACCUCAGCUGUCUUCAGUUGGUGCAACAUACUUAUGGAUACAGCUGAAUGCCAAUUCCAUCAAUGGAGAUGGACCCAUAAUUCAGAGGGAAGUGGAGUAUCGCACUUCAAGUGGAACUUGGUAUGACAUACAACCAGUUGACUCCACAAGCUAUAAAAUUGGGCACUUGGAUCCGGAUACAGAAUAUGAAAUCAGUGUGCUGCUUACACGACCAGGUGAAGGAGGUACCGGAUCCCCUGGCCCAGCUCUUAAAACAAGGACGAAAUGUGCUGAUCCCAUGCGUGGACCACGGAAACUAGAAGUUGUGGAGAUCAAAUCUCGUCAAAUCACUAUUCGUUGGGAGCCAUUUGGGUACAACGUAACACGUUGCCAUCGAUACAACCUCACAGUCCACUACCGCUGCCAAGCUGGAGGACAAGAGCAAGUCAGAGAGGAAGUUAGUUGGGAUACGGAAAGCUCACACCCUCAGCACACAAUUACUAAUCUGUCACCGUACACAAAUGUUAGCAUAAAACUCGUACUCAUGAACCCUGAAGGUCGAAAAGAAAGUCAAGAACUUGUAGUACAAACUGAUGAAGAUGUCCCAAGUGCUGUACCACUUGAAUCAAUCCAAGGAAACACUUUUGAAGAGAAGAUCUUUCUUCAAUGGAGAGAGCCAGUGCAAACAUAUGGUGUGAUCACUUUGUAUGAGAUCACCUACAAGGCAGUCAGCUCCUUUGAUCCAGAAAUAGAUUUAUCCAAUCAAAGUGGAAGAGUCUUAAAGCUAGGAAAUGAAACCCACUACUUUUUUUUUGGACUUAAUCCUGGAACCACAUAUUCAUUUACCAUUAGAGCCAGCACAGCUAAGGGGUUUGGGCCUCCAAUCACAAGUCAAUUCACCACCAAAAUAUCAGCACCGUCUAUGCCACCAUAUGAGCUGGAAACACCUUUGAAUCAAACUGACAGCACUGUGACAUACCUUCAGCACCCUUUGCAGUCCAAAGGGGCGCCACUUAGUGUCUAUCAAGUAGUGGUUGAAGAAGAGCGCCCUCGAAGGACAAAGAAGACCACAGAAAUCCUGAAAUGCUACCCAGUACCCAUUCAUUUCCAGAAUGCGUCACUUCUGAACUCUCAGUACUACUUUGCUGCAGAAUUUCCAGCCAACGGUCUUCAAGCUGCUCAGCCUUUUACUAUUGGUGAUAACAAAACCUAUAGUGGUUUCUGGAACACUCCUCUUCUCCCUCAUAAAAGCUACAGCAUUUAUUUCCAAGCUGCUAGCAGAGCCAAUGGGGAAACCAAAAUUGACUGUGUCAGGGUGGCCACAAAAGGAGCUGCCACUCGGAAACCAGACCCAGAACCAGAGAAACAGACAGACCACACCGUUAAAAUUGCUGGAGUCAUUGCAGGCAUCUUGCUGUUUGUUAUUAUAUUUCUGGGGAUUGUGCUGGUAAUGAAGAAAAGAAGAAGCUAUCACUCCUACACUUAUUACCUAAAAUUGGCUAAAAAGCGGAAAGAGACGCUGAGUAGUACCCGGCAGGAAAUGACAGUGAUGGUGAAUUCAAUGGAUAAAAGCUACACCGAGCAAGGCACCAACUGUGACGAAGCUUUCUCUUUCAUGGACACACACAACCUAAAUGGGAGAUCUGUAUCGUCACCAUCUUCAUUUACAAUGAAAACUAACACACUGAGCACAACGGUGCCUAAUUCUUACUAUCCAGAUCCAUUUGUGCCAACUGCAAUUUUAGUGCCAAUAAAUGAUGAAACCCACACGAUGGUCAGUGAUACAAGCAGCUUGGUCCAGUCGCACACCUACAAGAAGCGAGACCCAGUAGAUGUGCCAUACCAGACCGGACAGCUUCAUCCAGCCAUCCGUGUGGCUGACUUGUUGCAGCAUAUCACCCAGAUGAAAUGUGCGGAGGGCUAUGGUUUUAAAGAAGAAUAUGAAAGUUUCUUUGAAGGACAGUCGGCACCAUGGGACUCAGCUAAAAAAGAUGAGAACAGAAUGAAGAAUAGAUAUGGGAAUAUCAUUGCAUAUGAUCAUUCUCGAGUGAGACUGCAGCCCAUUGAAGGAGAAACAAACUCAGACUACAUCAAUGGAAAUUAUAUUGAUGGUUAUCAUAGGCCAAAUCACUACAUUGCUACACAAGGGCCAAUGCAGGAGACGAUAUAUGACUUCUGGAGAAUGGUUUGGCAUGAAAACACAGCCAGUAUAGUCAUGGUUACUAAUCUAGUGGAAGUAGGAAGGGUCAAAUGCUGCAAAUACUGGCCAGAUGACACGGAGAUAUAUAAAGAUAUUAAAGUUACUCUAAUAGAAACAGAGCUUCUGGCUGAAUAUGUGAUUCGGACAUUUGCAGUAGAAAAGAGAGGUGCUCAUGAGAUCCGAGAAAUCAGACAGUUUCACUUCACAGGCUGGCCAGACCAUGGCGUACCAUACCAUGCCACGGGACUUUUGGGAUUUGUACGACAGGUCAAAUCCAAGAGCCCACCUAAUGCUGGCCCAUUGGUUGUACACUGCAGCGCCGGUGCUGGAAGAACUGGAUGUUUUAUUGUCAUUGACAUCAUGCUAGAUAUGGCAGAGAGAGAAGGUGUUGUAGACAUAUACAACUGUGUCAGGGAGCUUCGAUCUAGAAGAGUUAACAUGGUGCAAACUGAGGAGCAGUAUGUAUUUAUCCAUGAUGCAAUACUGGAAGCCUGCCUUUGUGGAGAUACAUCUAUCCCAGCUUCUCAAGUUAGGUCUGUGUACUAUGAAAUGAAUAAACUUGAUCCUCAGACUAACUCAAGCCAGAUCAAAGAAGAAUUUAGGACUCUAAAUAUGGUGACUCCAACGCUCCGUGUGGAAGACUGCAGUAUAGCACUUUUACCCCGGAACCACGAGAAGAACCGAUGUAUGGAUGUUUUGCCUCCAGACAGAUGUCUGCCUUUCCUCAUCACAAUAGAUGGGGAAAGCAGUAACUACAUUAAUGCUGCACUGAUGGAUAGCUAUAAACAACCUUCGGCAUUUAUAGUUACCCAGCAUCCUUUACCAAAUACUGUCAAAGAUUUCUGGAGACUGGUCCUAGAUUAUCACUGCACAUCAAUAGUUAUGUUGAAUGAUGUGGAUCCAGCACAAUUAUGUCCCCAGUACUGGCCAGAAAAUGGAGUGCACCGACAUGGUCCUAUUCAAGUGGAAUUUGUAUCAGCUGAUUUAGAGGAAGACAUAAUUAGCCGAAUAUUCCGAAUUUAUAAUGCAGCCAGACCCCAAGAUGGAUAUCGGAUGGUGCAACAAUUUCAGUUCCUGGGAUGGCCCAUGUACAGGGAUACUCCAGUGUCCAAACGCUCUUUCUUAAAACUUAUCCGUCAGGUGGAGAAAUGGCAGGAAGAAUACAAUGGAGGGGAGGGACGUACAGUCGUACACUGUUUAAAUGGAGGUGGCCGCAGUGGGACAUUUUGUGCAAUCAGCAUUGUUUGUGAAAUGCUUCGACACCAGAGGGCAGUUGAUGUAUUCCAUGCUGUGAAGACACUGAGGAAUAAUAAGCCUAACAUGGUGGACCUUCUGGAUCAAUACAAAUUCUGCUAUGAAGUGGCUUUGGAAUACUUGAAUUCUGGCUGAUCUUACAAACAACACUGACAAAACUCCUUUCACCACCACAAAACAAAGCAAAUCAUUUCAUGAUGUUUGUGUACAUGAGAUGAAGACUUCUCAGUGUUCUGCUUAUAUUGCUUUGUAUUAUUGGCUCUUUUUAAGAGCCCAAGAAAAUGUUUAUAAAACUGCUUGCACUGCCCAUUUUCCACUGUAAUGCCGCUGCUUGACAACACAUACAAACAUAUACACAAACCUGUACAACAGUUGUUGGAUACUGCAUUCAUACAUAGUCAUCAAUGUGGUGGAGCAGCAUAGUCAUCUGGUAACUUAAAGAGCACAAUUAUAUUCUUAUGAAGGAAUUUGUACUUUUCUGUUAUAUUUUGUUGCCUGUGAUCCUCUGUUAUUGUCACAACCUAGUGUACAUUUCUGUUUUGUGAAGAAUGCUGUCUAGCAUUUUGAUAAUAUAUGAUUUUAGUUAUAUUUGUAUUCUAACACGUGCAUAAUAAACGAAGCAUAUGUAGCUUAUUUGAAUUAACAGAUACACAUGUACCAAACCAUGUUAUCUUUGUUGAGUUGUAGUUUCUAUAUACUUUGUACCAUUUCAGAGGGAAAUUACUGAUAGAAAUACCAUUAGAAAAGGCAAAAUACAGGAUGCUCAGAUUAAUAUAUCCAAAGCUUUUUCAUUUGUUUAUAUUGUAAAUAUAUUUGAUUUCAUCAAAUUAUUUAUUCAUUAAAAGAAAAAUUUUGUGAAGCACGGUGAGUGACAAUCAUUUUUAUUAAGCCCUGGAGAUGCUUACUGUAUGAUAUUGUAAACAUUUGUUUACCUUGUAUGGAUCCUCAGCUCAAUAAAUAAUUACA